CCCACCAGACAGACAAAGAGACAGAGCGUCUGAGAGGAGUAGGAGACGAAAAGAGAGAGAGAGAGAGAGCAGAAGGAGCAGAGACAAAGAGGGGUAGAUACAUAAAGAGGCUCGGAGGAAUUGAUGGAAUGACAGUCUGGUGGCAGGGGACACACCAAGAGACAGGAGGGAGGGUGCAUGAGGCAGAGAAAGAGACACUAGAAGGGAUGUAAAAUAGGCAGCUUCGGUGACAGCGUAGACAAAGGUAGCUUCAGAGUGCCGGGUAUUUUAUUCACACACACUCACACACUCGCUCUCGCUCCCUCUCUCUCCCUCUCUGCCUCUCUCUCUCUCGCAUACAUCCUCUUCCUCUUUCACUCACUCACUCACGCACACAUGCCCUCGAGCAGAAGCAGCAGAGCCGUGUGGGUGUGAAGCAGCAUGAGAAGUGAUAUCUGUACUUCCGCGCAUACAGCUGAUGGACUAACUUAAUCACAAAUUACGCGCGCAGACUGCACACGAGCACUCGUUAGAGCACCUUGAUUAGAGACGCACAAGCACACACAACCUUUCGGCAGCCAGGAGUCAACAUGGGUAUCGUGAUGGGAACAUUUUCCUUGCCUUCCAAACAAGUGUCCUACCAUAAAGACAAAGCUGACGAUGACUUGGAGAUGACCAUGGUGUGCCACCGACCGGAGGGCCUCGACCAGUUAGAAGCCCAGACCAACUUCAGUAAAAGGGAGCUCCAGGUGCUCUACAGGGGCUUCAAGAAUGAGUGUCCAAGUGGUGUUGUCAACGAGGACACCUUCAAGCAAAUAUACUCCCAGUUCUUCCCACAUGGAGGUGAAGAGCGAGUGUGUGUUGAGAUGUUUACAUCUGUACUGGUCUUUGUGUCUGUUUUCCAUCAUUCUUCUUCUUCUUCUUCUUCUCCUGCAGAUGCCAGCACCUACGCACACUUCCUGUUCAACGCGUUUGACACAGGGAAUACAGGUUCCAUAAAGUUUGAGGACUUCGUAACAGCUCUGUCCAUCCUGCUGAGGGGCUCCAUCACCGAGAAGCUCCAGUGGACGUUCAACCUCUACGACAUCAACAGAGACGGAUACAUCAACAAAGAUGAGAUGACCGACAUCGUCAGAGCAAUAUAUGACAUGAUGGGGAAGUACACGUACCCUGCCUUGAAAACGGACGCACCCAAACAGCAUGUGGAUGCUUUCUUUCAGAAAAUGGACAAAAACAGAGACGGUGUGGUCACCCUCGAUGAAUUCAUCCUUUCCUGUCAAGAGGAUGAAAACAUCAUGCGGUCUCUGCAGCUCUUUGAAAAUGUCAUCUAGGCAACGCACGCGAGGGAGACAAUAGACGAAGCGCGAAGGGGAGAAAACGACAACGGGAGAGAGGGCGAGAGGGAAUCUCUGAAGAAAAAGGGCCAUGUUAAUUUGUGAGUGAAGGGAAACAAGGAGCCUGUCACUAUCUGUGAGCCAGCGACCCGCAAAACCGCAUGGACGACUUCUCUCUGUAACAAACCUGUGGCAACAAGCCAUCACCGGUCUUGGAAAAUGUCCUUCAGACUUUUUUUUAUGUUUUUUGGCUUUACCUUUCUGUGAGCGUUUACCUCGUCUCCAUCUCCCUCGUCUGUCGCUGUUGUAACAGUUGCCGUCGUCUUGGACAGUGUGUACUUCAUGCCACUGUGUAGAUACUGCCCCUCUCAUAUUUGGUCGAACACCCUUCCGACUUAAUUGUUAUCUAGCAGGAACGGGCAUUCCUCCUAAAAGCAUCAACGAGAUGCACACUUUGCUCAUUAGAGGCUUAAAUAAUAUGGGCAAUAUUACGAAGCACAGAGGCCUACAUGUGUGUGCGCCGUGACAACUUGGUGGCGAGGUACUCUCUGUAAAGGGUAAUAUUUGGGGAGCCAGGUGUGUCAUCAAGAGGUUUGCAGAACUGAAGUGACCUCAGCCAGCUUGCGGCAGUCCUACAUCUAGUGCAAACUCGCAAAGAGCCUUCAGAAGCCUCCUUAACUCCUACUGUGUGCCCCCCGUGUUGUCAAUCAGUGUUUGGACAUUGUAACGACUUUUAGAUAUUUAAAUGUCGUGUUCGUGGCUUCUCCUCGCCGUCUGGAAUCAUUCGUGUCUGUGUUUCUGAUUCUCACUCCCCGUCCGUCUUUCUGUCUGACCGGACAUGACUUUUGUAAUUAUUCCACCUGAUGUUUAUUGUUCAAUUCAGAGCCCGAUUACACAUGGAAAGCAAUAUGCAGGGAUGUGCAUGUGUUCGUGUGUGUGCUGUCCUGAUGUAAAGUUCCCGUUUGCCUGAAUAUUAAAAGUGUUAUUUAUCCUAGCAUGUAGUAGCUUCAUCUCGUGGACGUUGCGGUCAAGUCCAGCUGAACUGACUGUGUUUUUGCUCGGGAGGAGGGUUUCAUCUUCUCCGGCUCUGUCUGUUUAAAAAAAAAAAAAAAAAAAGUCGACUCAGACUGACCAACUUUUCACUGUGAGGGAGACACACUGGGAGGAGGACGGGAUAUACGGACGAGAGCAAAGACCUUUUCACUGAUUCUGGAGGAAACGGAAGCCAUGUUUCAAACAAGAGCCAUCGUUUUGGAGAUAAAGCAGGGCAAAAAUACACACUUCUGAAUGAUUUACUGUCACGCCCACUCACUGUGCUACCAGCGAUGUAACAAAUAUUCCUGCAGAGACGCGUCGCUGCUCGUCUCAAAUGUACCCAGGCACACUUCCAGACAGACUGACAGACAGGAAGACGGACAGAUCCACAGGCACACAGACAGACGCUCACAAUGGUCAGAAUGAAAUAAUGUGUGUGUUGAGAUAUUGUAUAAAAUCAUUAUAUUUAUCAAUAAACUUUUCAGGAAACAAAAUGAA